AUAAUUAUGAAAUCAGAGCUGUAACGAUGGAAGAAAGAGCAUUGAAACCACAAGUAGCGAGUUAUAAUGGUUAUCCGGUCCAAACAUCGGUCGAAGGGCUAGACCAUACGGGUGUAGAUACUUGUUUGUAUACUGAAUAUGAGGCCCAGGAGUAG